CAGCCAGCCAGUUUCUCAUUCGACAGUCGGCAGUCCUCAGCGUUUGCGCACGCGGGACGAACGCGUCAACAAUUUUCCCGCCGUUUUUGUGAACUCUGUGUUGUGAAGUUUUAUACGUCUACAAACCAGGAAAAUAUCUACAAUACUCUGAGUAAUUGGAGAAUGUGGUAGACUUUUCUAAGAAGGUAAAAGAAGUAAACCUUAAAAUGUCUGCCGCUGUAGAAAAUGGCGUUCCAGAUGAUGGACGUGGUACAACAUAUUACUUCUCAAUACCGAGGACGAGUGCAUCGAUAUGGCAAAGAAUCAAUUUAUUUGUUUCUAUUUAUUGGAAAGCUCUGAUCGUAGUAAUAACGCCUCUCAUUCUAUUGCCUAUACCCAUAUUAAAUGCCAACUCUGAAUCUUUUAAGGCAUUCAAAUGCAUGUAUGUCGUACUUAUUAUGGCUACUUAUUGGGUGUUGGAAUUAUUACCACUGCCAGUGACAUCAAUGUUACCAAUAGUAUUAUUCCCCGCUCUGGGCAUCUUGGACUCUGAUAAGACGUGUGCUGCAUAUAUGAAAGAAACGAACAUGAUGUUCAUGGGAGGUCUGAUGAUAGCAGCGGGGGUGCAGCACUCAAAACUACCCAAGCGGGUGGCUUUGUGGACAGUGCAGGUUGUUGGAUGUUCUCAUAGAAGAUUGAAUCUUGGUCUAACAUUUGUAACCAUGUUUAUAUCGAUGUGGGUUUCCAACGCUGCCGCAACAACCAUGAUGGUGCCAAUUGUUGAGGCUAUCUUAGAAGUUUUUGAACAGCAAGGGCUUGGAGAUGUGUAUCUUAAUAAGAAAAAAGGGACUGGGGCAGAAAAUGGAAAGGACUCGAAGGCUGUUAUAGAACAAAAGAAAAAUACAGAAGAAGAGUCUCCAAUACCAAGCGACAUCACAAUUUGUUACUACCUCAGCAUCGCAUACGCGUCUACGUUGGGAGGAUGUGGAACUCUUGUUGGCACAGCUACUAAUUCUGCAUUUAAAGGAAUAUAUGACUCCGAGUUCCCAGAGGUAUCAGGAUCCGUGGACUUCUUCUGGUUCAUGGCGUACAGUACACCUCCAAUGUUGCUGAUGCAACUGCUAGUGUGGAUCUCCCUCCAGGUCACUUUUAUGGGACUCUUCAGGCCAAACAGUGAAGCGGCGAGGAAGGUAAAUGCUGCCUCUUCUGGAUCAUUAAACACGAUGAAGGUUAUCCGGGAACAGUACAAGAAUCUGGGACCAGUAACUUUUCAUGAAAAGUCGUCUGGCGGUCUAUUCAUCCUGGCGGUGAUCCUGUAUAUAUUCAGGAAACCUGGAUUCAUGCCAGGCUGGGCUGACGUCAUCACAACCAUGCGUCUGAAGGAUGGCGUCGUUUCAAUGUUCAUUGUUAUCCUGAUGUUCAUACUGCCGAUGUCUGUCGAUUUUAUCAAGUUCUUUUCCUCUUCAUCAUCAUAUGAGGAGUUGGCACAAUCAAAACCAUCACCAAGCAUUGUUACCUGGAAUAUCUUGAAGGAGAAAAUACCCUGGGGUCUACUGUUCCUGCUUGGUGGAGGCUUCGCCCUAGCUGAAGGCAGCAAGGCAACCGGACUCUCGUCCAUGAUCGGCAGCUCCCUGAAUGGCCUCCAUGGCUGCCAUCCAGCUAUAGUACUGCUUGUGGUGGUGCUAGUCACACAGUUCAUCACCGAGUUCACCUCCAACGUGGCAAUCGCCAAUUUAAUAUUGCCCGUGUUAGCUAAUAUGGCGCGAUCCUUGGAUAUGGACCCUCGCUACCUGAUGGUGCCGGCGACCCUGGCCUGCUCCAUGGCCUUCCACAUGCCAGUCGGCACUCCGCCCAACGCCAUUGUAGCUGGUGUCGCUCACAUACCAACAUCUAAAAUGGCGAUUGGCGGUAUCGGCCCCAAAAUUAUCACAACUCUAAUCGUCUGGGGGGCCUAUCCCACCUGGGGUUCUUUGAUCUUCAAACCUGACGACAUAGCAGCCCUAAAUAGUCCCGUGACGCGUUCGGCGCCAAUCGUGUCCCCGUUGAAGCAAAACUUAACCCUGAGCUGCGGUGUGACGCCGAGCAACAUUGGGUCUGUUAGACAGUUCAAUUGUUCCCUUCCAACGAACCCAGCUCUAAUGCAGAACUCAUUAACUGCGGAUAUAUUUAAGACAGUUUUUUCGUGCAAUUCUUUACCCGCAAACAAGAGUUAGGCAUAAUAUGUUUAGUUUUUAGCUGACACCUGGGUUAAGACCUUCUUUUAAGUAUGGUUGCGCAGCAAAAUAAUUAUGAACAUUGAUUUUAGUGAAUUGCAUAAGAAAAAGAGUCAAUGAAAUUUUGUUUUUCUGUGGAUUCUAUGAGGUUUUAAUUAAAAUAUGCUUUUUAAGAUCAAAUUAACCAAAUACUUGACGUGGAUUUAAUAAGUCGAAAUUGCAAACUUUUUCAACGAAGCCUCCACCAUCUUAUCAUGAUAAAUACAAUAAAUAUACUUUAAGGAAUUCUGGUAAUUCCAAUCAGAUAAAUCUUGUUAGAAAAUACUAAAUAAAAUCAAAGGGUAUCUUACUCUAAUAAAGAAAAAGCAGUCGGAAACCACUACUAGUAUAUAUAAUAAUACUAUAAAUUGUUACUCUUCAAAUUUUUUAAUGAGCUGUACGGCCGCUGCCGUGAUAUGACGUCAUCAUGUCAAAUUAACAAUGAUGACGUAUCAUGAACGACUUUAGGUUCGGGUUUCUAUUUAUUAUUCUAUCAGUACUUGUGUUUACAUGGUUAACUAACUUCACGACUAUAGAGCAACCUGACGUUCGCGAUUUCGUUAUAUUAGACGUGAAAUUUGAAAAUGGAAAAGGUAUAAAGGUAAAGGGAUUGAAAGUAUUUAUCUGUUGAAUAAAGAAUAGGUUUUUAUUUUAAAUAUUUACUAUCGCCUUGAUAUCGCUUGGGAUUUCGACUUGUUAGCUUACUGUUAUUAAAUUUGUACGGAAUUAUGUAUUUAGUCUGAAAUUGAUACUUAGAUUGUCAAGUUAUAUCUGCACCAUGGUGCUAUAGUGGCUGCAUUAAAUGAACACACGGGUCGAACAACUAACCUGUAAUAAUAUAAAAAAUGUUAAAUGAAAGUUGAUAUGUAAUUGAAAUUUUCAAAGUUUCAAACAAUAUACAGGUUGUCCCAAAGUUAUGGGACAUGAAGGGAAAGUACAUUAAAUAUCGAAGAUAGGCUAUUUUACUGAAAGCAGACUUUAUGUUAUUUUUAAAAGUUAGUACUUCUGCAUUCGAAGAUUUUCUUAAAAAUACUUGCCUCAUCUGGUAAUCGAACCGAUUGAAAUGUAAAAACAAAACACCCUACUUUUAUGAUGGCAAUCGAAAGAAUGGCCAAAAACUAAUAACUCUUCUUAAGUAACAUAGUAUUUUAAAAGAAAGGAACAACAUAACAUGAAUGUUUUCCUACUUGGAUUUGGUACGAAUGGACCGAUUAGAUGGCCGGCCAGAUCCCCGGACCUUACACUAUUAGAUUUCUUCUUUUGGGGAUACGUGAAAGAUAUGCUAUACAAAAAGCGAUACGAGAACGUGGGCGAGUUAUAAACAGAAUUGUGUCAUAUCAUAUCGAGUAUUCACCAUAAAAUGAUAAGAAAAUCAACAGGCAGCGGACGCAUUAAAAGAUUGGCGAUUUGCGUAAGACAAGAGGGAUCCCAUUUUGAGCAUUUAAUUAAUUAAUUUACAAAAAAAAUACCCACUUAAUUGACUACUUUCUUUUAAAAUACUCUGUUACUUAAGAAGAGUUAUUAGUUCUUGGCCAUUCUUUCGAUUGGCAUCAUAAGAGUAGGGGUGUUUUUUUUUUACAUUUAAGUCGGUUCGAUUCCCAGACGAGGCAAGUAUUUUUUUUGUAAAUCUUUGAAUGCAGAAUUACUAACUUUUAAAAAUAACAUAAAGUCUUCUUUCAAUAAAAUAGACUACCUUUGAUAUUUAAGGUACUUUCCUUUCAUGUCCCAUAACUUUGGGACAACCUGUAUACCUACCUACAAAAUUUUAAUCACCUUUACGUGAACGCUAGUCACUUAAGGCGCGGACUGACUAGGAUUGUAAACGCUACAACCAAUUCUACAAUAUUUGUGUUAAUCAUGUGGCUAAGCUGCGAAUGGACAUUUAUGUUAAUGAUUUUCUUUUGUUUAUUCAAAAUUCACAUAUUUCAUUGAAAAAUUAUUCGGUUUAAGUUUUAGAAAAGUACUAAUUCUAUUAAUUUCUUUAAAAAAUGAAUGUUGUUAUAGCUGAAAAUUCGUGUUUGGGAAGCAAUUUCCAAAUUUUUUAUUGGAUGUUUCAAAUUAUAUAUAAAUAUUCUAUUCGGUUCAAAAUUUUCUUUAAGUCAAUAUUUACGAAUAUUAUUGUGAAUAUUAUCAUUGCGUUAUGUUGUAAUCGACUCUUUAAGAAACCAAUUUUUGUGGAAAUUGAGGUACGACCGCGCCUUAAGAGUUCUAAACGGCUAUCAUGGCGGAGCGUUGGACAAGUCGAUUUCACCAGUCACACACACAACUUAUAGGUUGUUCCGAAAUGACAUUAUGUUAUUAAAAUAAAUAAACAAAUUAAAUCAAUUAAUUAAUUAGUUUUAACUGUGCGUUCCUUUAAUGUCGCCAUUGUCAUACUUCACGCUGUAUGAUAUAGAAUAAUUAUUUAUAUAUUAAUCUGUGAUUGUGUGAAAGUGUGAAUAUUCAAAAUCACUCAAUUUCGAUUUAGUGCAAUGUAAUUUCAUUAAAAGGUAAUAAAACCUACUGGUUUAUUUUUGAUUUCAUAGUUUUCGAAAGCAUUUUACGAUGUGGUAUUUAUAAACAUUUAUUCGUGCAUUUACAGCCACAAAGUAGUGAAUAACCAUUAAGUACCUAUCCUACAUUAAUAUGUCAAGCAUUUUGUAUUACCUCAGGCGAUUCGUUGCUCCAGUGUAACGAAUAGUCUCAAUUUAUUAAUUGGAAUAAAUGGUUAUUAAUGGAUAAAAGGGUGCGGAUACGGUGAUCUGGUUAUUUUAAAUUAAUUUUAGUCAGAAAUUUUGUAGAUAAUGUUGUAGCUAGCUAUAUUCGUAACAUGGACUUAUUUACCGGUCUGCCUUAUAAUAAAUCCUUUGAAAAAUAGUCAGUUUUUAAAGCCUAAAUUAUUUUUUGUUCAUGUUAGAAUAAAUCAAAUAUUUAAAUGAUUUAGGAUAUGAAAGAGAUAUGGCUGGUUAUAGAAGUAAAUUUAGUUCCUAUAUAUAAAUACGUGUACAUCGCUCUUAAUAGACGACAAUAUGGUAGCAAUACUUAGUUAACAUUUAUAUAUUUGUAGCAAAUUAGCAACUCCAAAUACUAAAUAAAGUUACCAGGCGAAUAACAUCUAUUAGGAAUUUUAAAACAUGAAAAGUUGAAAGGCAUUCGAGCAGUACUUUUUGCCAGUAUGCCAAUAAGUACCUAGUAAUAAUAAAAAGGUUUUUAGAAAAGAAUCUCGAGUGGAGUGUUAAAAUACAGACUUACAUACCUAAAGGUGUUAGACAGAACAACACGUUUAUUCUUAUAAUAAUAAUUGUGUUAUGUUUAAAAGGUCAUCUGUGAACAUAAGUUGUUGCUUUUGACGCUAAUUCUACCCACAGUCUUGCAUUUUUUUACAUUAAAAUAAUUUCAUCAUUAAGUUUAUUGAUACAGCAUUAUUUCCACAAACCUAUAAUAAUAUAAAUGUAUCUGUUAACACAUUCUAAUUAUUUUUUGUUUCAAAUGCAUUUACGGGUUAGUAUCUGUAAUAUCUACGUAAAUAAUUUUAUAUAUAAAACCAACCGGAGAUGACCUCUUUUUUAAUAUUAUGUACAAGUUAUUAUAGAAUUGAAACAGUAAUAUUAGUAUUAAAUUAUUUGUUUUUCUUGCGGGUUUUAUACUUUGUGGAAAGAUGGCGCUUAUUCGCAAUCAUUAUUGAUGUGUGCUUCCUUAAGGUGCUCCCACACUGCUGUUAUAAAAAUGUUUACAAAUAUUUGAACACGAUGUUAUAAAACGUCUUCUUGUGAGAUAAUGUUAGUAAAGUAGUUAACAAAUAAAAUAUUGUCAUUUGUUUGAAAACAUAUUGUAUACUGGCAACAGCCGGGUUUGUGGAGUGUGCGGUAUCAUGAUGUCUUGUUUUCAAACUAGCAAUACCGCAGUUGUAGUCAUUAAGUUCGACAACUAAUACUACGCCCAAGUGGGCGUAUCCGAGCCAGUCUCGCACAAUGUGUAACGUUGACGUGACACAUGUUCUGUUAAACUUUGCUAAUAAUUGAAACUACAAGAAAUAAGAAAGACACUGGGAUCACAUAUCAUCAGUAAGUGUUUUGUAUUUUGUUAAUUUCAAUGUAAAAUAACACGAAGCGUAUGUUACAAAAUUUGAAAGAUGCCAUUGAGUGUCAAGAUGCCACGCACACAAGCGUCUAACAGUUGCCGAAAUAAAAAAGCUAUUGUUCUUAGGUAGAGCAGUAUCUAGUUUGAGCGCAGCGAACCAAUCCAUAAUCUAAGCUUAUAAUAAUUAAUGUUUGUAUACCUUUCCAUCAGUGUCGUAGCACUCAAAACAUCUAACAAUUCCUAACAUUUGUUUAUAAUUAUUUGUGCAUAAGUAUUAGUGUUGUUGUAAACUAUUUGUAAACAUUUUAUAACAGCAGUGUGGGAGUACCUUUACAUUUUAAAACUUGUAUACCUCAACAAUAAUUCGAAAUAUAUUAAUCUUGAAUAUUGAAUCUCGUAAUGAUGUAAUUUGAAUGGGCCUUUUUGCUAAUUGUUAUAGUAAAAAUACAAAAACUGUGCCAUUUGUCACGUUUUGAUUAGUGAGUGCUAUUACAGACAAUAAUUAAUAAAAUAUUAUUAUAAGCAAACUAAGUGAUUGCAAUAAUCUCCGUUACAGAUUUAUUUUAAUGAUUGCUUAAUGAAUGUACGGCUUGUAGAUAAUAUGAUACUGUUAUUUGUUAAUAAAAUAUAUAGUUUAUUAAA